AAGUUACUUGCAGCGGCGGCCUCCGGGAGCCGCACUGUUAAUGUUGGCGGGAGCGCAGCGGGUAGUCCCGAGUGCCUAGCAUUUGGGCCUGGAACGCCCGGAGUGACGGGCAGAGCCGGCAGAAUGCGGGUGGCGGUGGCCGGCUGCUGCCAUGGCGAGCUGGACAAGAUCUACGAGACGCUGGCGCUGGCGGAGCGGCGCGGUGCAGGCCCGGUGGACCUUCUUCUGUGCUGCGGCGACUUCCAGGCGGUGCGCAACGAGGCCGACCUGCGCUGCAUGGCCGUGCCGCCCAAGUACCGCCACAUGCAGACUUUCUACAGGUAUUACUCUGGAGAGAAAAAGGCUCCAGUUCUCACGAUCUUCAUCGGGGGAAACCACGAGGCCUCAAAUCACUUGCAAGAGUUACCCUAUGGUGGCUGGGUGGCACCGAACAUUUACUAUUUAGGUUUGGCUGGUGUAGUAAAAUACCGAGGCGUAAGGAUUGGCGGAAUUUCUGGUAUCUUUAAAUCUCAUGACUAUCGAAAAGGUCAUUUUGAAUGUCCUCCUUACAAUUCAUCUACAAUAAGGAGUAUAUAUCAUGUGAGAAAUAUUGAAGUCUAUAAAUUAAAACAGCUGAAGCAGCCUAUAGAUAUAUUUUUAUCUCACGAUUGGCCAAGAAGCAUAUAUCAUUAUGGAAAUAAGAAACAACUUCUUAAGACCAAAUCGUUUUUCCGACACGAAGUGGAAAAUAACACGUUGGGAAGUCCUGCAGCCUCAGAACUUUUAGAGCACCUAAAACCUACUUACUGGUUUUCUGCACACCUUCAUGUGAAAUUUGCAGCCUUGAUGCAGCACCAGGCCAUGGAAAAAGGGCAGACAGCCAAAGCAACCAAAUUUUUAGCCUUGGACAAAUGCUUACCACAUAGAGACUUCCUUCAGGUUUUAGAAAUAGAACAUGACUCCAGUGCUCCUGAUUACUUGGAGUAUGAUGUUGAGUGGCUCACUAUUCUCAGGGCUACUGAUGAUCUUAUUAAUGUGACUGGGAACCUAUGGAAUAUGCCUGAAAAUAAUGGCCUGCAUGCAAGGUGGGAUUAUAGUGCAACAGAAGAAGCUAUGAAGGAAGUACUGGAAAAGUUGAAUAAUGACCUUAGGGUUCCGUGUAACUUUAGUGUAACUGCUGCUUGUUAUGACCCUUGCAAGCCUCAGAUGCAGGUAGAGCUGGUUCAUAGGAUCAAUCCUCAGACUACUGAAUUUUGUGCUCAACUUGGCGUCACAGACAUUAAUAUCAGGCUUCAGAAGGCCAAGCAAGAACAUCAUUUGUGUGGUGAAUAUGAAGAGCAGGAUGAUGUGGAGAGUAAUGACUCUGGGGAAGAGCCAAGUGAGUAUAACACAGACACUUCUGCUUGGUCCUCUAUUAAUCCAGAUGAAAUAAUGUUAGACGAAGAAGAGGAAGCUGAAGAUAGCAUUGCACACAGUGAUGUGAAUACCCCAUCUGUUGAACCUUCUUCCUAUCAAGAUUCUGACUUUUCCACAAGCUUUUCUGAUGUCAGGAUCUUGCCAAGUUCCAUGAUUGUAUCUUCCGAUGAUAUACCAGAUUCACCGACUGGUAGAGAGGGGAAAGUUGAUGAGACUGUGGAGUUGGGGGAUGGAAAGGACUUAACUGAGGUGCCAUUGAAGAGGCUGAGCGAAGAACAUGAACCUGAACAAAGAAAGAAGAUUAAGAGGAGGAAUCAAGCCAUCUAUGCUGCAGCAGCUGAUGAGGAUAAUGAUGCGGCAUAAGACAGUUUACAUGUGCUGGUAUCAUAAUGUAGGUGAUUUUUGAGACCCUAUUUUUAGAGUUAGAUUUUUGAUUCAAGAUUUAACUUUGUAAUAAUGAAGUGGCAAGAGUAUUUUAGCUAGAUAAUGACUUUUUCUAGAGAUUUUGUAUGUUUCGGGUAAAAACAUUAAAAUUUUAUAUAUUUACUUCGUGACUACCUUUUUUUGAAGACAUUCACUUCCAGUUUUUCAGCAAACACUGCACAUAUUUGUGCUGAGCACUUUUCUCUAAGAUAGGACUAGAAAGAUGAAUAAGACAGGAAUGCUUAAGGCACUGGAAAUAUUAAAUUAUAAAUAUUUUGAUGUAUAAAAUAUGGCAUAUUUAUAUUUUACUCUACAAAGUUGCAUCAGUAAUGUAUAUAUACGUAUGUGUGCUUUCUUUGCGUUAUAAUUUUUCCUUGGUCAGUUUUUAAUGUCUGUCAAAUAUAAAUUGAAAUCGAAGAUAUCAGUAUUUCAGGAAAUAAAUUAUUGUCAAUGCUAACCAGUGGUAAGCAUAAAAUCUCACACUCAAUACUGAAACUAUAACCAUUGACUCUUGGAUAUGUUUUAAUUUUUACAUAAGUGUAUUGUCUAUGUACAGAUCAUUUUUGGCACAGUUGGUAUUAUUUACCAACAAGAGCUCAGUUGCUGUCCUUCACGCUGCAUGAUGGAUUGCUGGUAUUAAACUAGUUUUAACGAGCCGUGUGGCAAAAUCACUUUUCUGUCUCUAGUUAAAAUGCCUGGGCCACCAGAGGAGACUGUUGCCUUGGACUUUGAAUCAGGAAUAAUGGGACCUAGUUUUAUUCUGGUGUUGCUAGACAUGGUGCCAUAGACCUGUAACCCCAGCAUUUCGGAGCCUUAGGAGGCAUGUGAGUUCAAGGCAGCUUGUAGUACCUAAUGAGUUCAAGGCUAGUCUGAAGUACACAAUGGGACUCUGUCCCCAAAAAAACAAAACCAAAAAUUAUUGUAGCGCCUCACCAUCCUGAAGUCCAAAUCCUGGAAGCAAUUUAGGAAAAUGGUAGUUGGCAUUCCUCAGUUAGCAUUUGACUUGAAAAAGGUGUAGCACAGUAAUGGCAAAUCUUUCAGAACUUCUAAUGAUACACACAGCCUGCUAUGGCACUCAUGCUAUGUGUUCGUACUCCUAGUCCAAGACUAUGGGGCUUUUAUCUAUAGAUUCUUUUUUUUUUUUGAGUUGAAUAUUUGUUUUAAUUCUUAUUUGCAUAUAAUAUUUAAAGCUGUGAAUUUCUCCCAAUUGCUGAUUUGAGUUCUGUAAUUCUGAUGUAUAGUGUAAUUUUCCCAGAAAACAACUUUCAGUGAUAUAAGAGCACACAGAAUUUAUCAAUAUAAUAUGCCUAAGGCACUGGAAAUAUGAAAUCAUCUCUCAGAAAUUCUUACAGAGAAAAGCAGAAAGUAGGUAUAAAACAAAUGUUAGAAUUAAUAAACGUUCUCAAAAACUAACAAAACCACAAAGCUUACCUAAGCAAGAAAUUAGACAAAAUUCUGUAUAGCUUGGUAUAAAUUUGAUAAAUGGACUGAAAAUGAGUUACUGGUGUUCACCCAGCUAAGACUGGAGGGUUAAACAAAAUUUCAUUUAAGCAGAAAAAAAUAUCAGUUAUCCCAUUAAAAAGCACUCACAGCAGAUGGUUUUAGGGGAAAAUGCUACCCUUUCUAAAGGCCAGACAGUCCUAAUGGUAUGUAAACUUCCAAAAUACAUAAAAAUGAUGGAAAUCUUUGGUUUCUGUGAAACAAAUAUAACAUUGAUGCCAAAUUAAAACAGAUAAACCAUAAAUCAAUCUCAUGUAUGACUAUUGAUACAAAAGCGUUAAGUUAGCAUAUUGUAAGAUGUUUUGGCAUGACCAACACAGUGCUGUUCCAUGUUAGAAGUCUGUUCAUAUCAUCAAUGUAUUAAUCUAAGGAUAUGUGAUUUCCAUAAAUAAUGAAAAGACUUCAAAUUCAAUACCCACUUAAGAUUCUGUUAAAAAAAAAAGAUCAGAUCUAGCAUCUUGCUUAAGAAAACACUAAAUAAUUCUGUCAAAGCUAGUUACACAAGUAAUGCUACCUACUACCUUCAUUAUAUUUCACAUUUGUCUUGGAAAGAACAAAAUCAGGUGGUAUAGUGAGGGGAAUCAGAAUUGCAAAGGAAGAGUGACCUAUAUACAGGUAAUGUGAUAAUUUAGCUGAAAAAGCUACUCGAAAAAGUAGUAAGAUACAGAAUUAAUGUACAGACCAGUAGUUUUCACAAAGUUAUAAAUAAUAUGUACAUGAAAAAUGGAGCAACUUAAGAAAUGUGCAAAAGCUAUAGAGAGGAAAACAAAAUACAGCUGAAAAAUAUUAAGACUAGAAAAUCAUCUUUUAUUCUUGGCUAUAGAGAGGAAAACAAAAUACAGCUGAAAAAUAUUAAGACUAGAAAAGCAUCUUUUAUUCUUGGAUAGAUUUAACUUUUUUUAUUAGUGCAUGUUUUAUUAGUGCACAAUGUUUACUACAUUCCUUGUGAGAAGUUGGCACAGGUACAUAACGACAUCUUAAUUCCUUUUUCAUCUCCUUACUCUUCCCUCCUCUUCCCAUCUUUUGAAUCCUUUCUUGUAUUCUUUGUACACGUUUGCUGUACGUAGUGUUUGCAUUUCUGUGGGGAGUUGGUAUAGGUCUAUAACACAUCUCAAUUCACUUUUUCAUCCCCUUUCUCUGCCCUUUCCCGCAAUCUCUUGAUCCCUUUUCCCUUCAAGAAAGAUGUAUCUCUGCUUCCUUUUUCUACAUUUUACUUUGCUCUUUAUACUUUGGGUUUCUCACAUAAGAGAAGCCACUUAAUAUUUAAACUUGUGUGUCUGAUUUAUUUCACUUAGCAUAUGCUCAAGCCUUCAUACCUUCAUACCGCGUUACAUCUUUAGCCCCUGUCUUAUUUUUCAUUUGAGACAGAUCUUGCUAGAUUGCUCAGGCUGGACUUAAACUUGCCAUUGUCCUUGCUAAGCCUCUUAGAGUGGUUACAAUGUGGGUGUGUACCACCACACUCCUUGUUAAAGAUUUUGAUUUGUCCCAAUUUACUAUGUAAUUGUUUACUGUUUCUUAAGUUGUUUCAUUUCAAUAAAAAUAUUCCUCCUCCCCA